AUGCAACCGGCCGACUGUCCCGGCAAAUCAGCUGAAUAUGUCACGGUGGCUCGCUCUGUGAAGCAACUUUUCCAUGAGUACAACAUACACUGCACGACAAUUCAGCCUGAAUUUGAGGAUGACGAGGGGCUAGAACCUGAUACCUGUAUGUACGAUUGCGGCCCAAAUCGCAAUUGUCAACAGGACACCUGCUGUCCUCAACCCGCUUCCUCCACCUCCUCAGGGAAUAACCAUAACCACGGUAGCAACUCUUCGCACACCUCUUUGGCCAUUAACAACAUUACCUACCAGUCCUCUGGCAACGCCUUGGACACCAUGCUGACGACGGAUACUGCGUACAAGUCUGAGGCCAAUGGAAAACCCUCGGAACAGAAACAAGAAUUGAACCGCUACAUAGCUGUUGCUGCCACUUUGGCUGUGGCAUCAAGACUCAUGUACUCUGGCCCCCCUCAGUCCACCUCUGAUCGCGUGUGCAUAUAA